AUGUCCUCCCCCAAACCUAGAUCAUCAUCAAUGUCCUCCCCCACACCUAGAUCAUCAUCACUGUCCUCCCCUACACCUAGAUCAUCAUCACUGUCCUCCCCUACACCUACAUCAUCACUGUCCUCCUCCACACCAGCUGGUAGAUCAUCAUCACUGUCCUCCCCCACACCAGCGGGAAGAUCGUUAUCACUGUCCUCCCCCACACUUAGAUCAUCAUCAAUGUCCUCCGCCACAGCAGCUGGUAGAUCAUCAUCACUAUCAUCAUCAUUGCCCUCCCUCACACCAGCUAGUAAAUCUUCAUCUCUGUCCUCUCCCACAUCAGCUGGUAGAUCAUCAUCACUGUCCUUCGUCACACCUAGAUCAUCAUCUCUGUCCUUCCCUACACCUAGAUCAUCAUCACUGUCCUCCCCUACACCUAGAUCAUCAUCACUGUCCUCCUCCACACCAGCUGGUAGAUCAUCAUCACUGUCCUCCCCCACACCAGCGGGAAGAUCGUUAUCACUGUCCUCCCCCACACUUAGAUCAUUAUCAAUGUCCUCCGCCACAGCAGCUGGUAGAUCAUCAUCACUGUCCUCCCCCACAACAGCUGGUAGAUCGUCAUCAUUGUCCUCUCCCACACCAGCUGGUAGAUCAUCAUCACUGUCCUCUCCCACACCAGCUGGUAGAUCAUCAUUACUGUCCUCCCCUACACCAGCUGGUAGAUCGUCAUCAUUGUCCUCUUUCAAACCAGCUGAUAGAUCGUCAUUACUGUCCUCCCCCACAAUAGCUGGUAGAUCGUUAUCACUGUCCUCCCUCACACCAGCUGGUAGAUCGUCAUAA